CCGCAGCAUAUCUAACUUCACCCCUAAAGUGGGAGAGAAGGACACCCAGAGAGCGAUCAGACAAGCCUUCAACGUGUGGCAAACUGUCACUCCGCUUUCGUUCCAGGAGGUACCGUACUCAGAGAUCAAAAACGAGGGUAAGGAGGCUGACAUCAUGAUCUUCUUCGCCUCUGGUUUCCAUGGUGACAGCUCGCCAUUUGACGGAGAAGGGGGUUUCCUGGCCCACGCCUACUUCCCUGGCGCCGGAAUCGGAGGGGACACACACUUUGACUCCGACGAGCCCUGGACGCUGGGCAACGCCAACCACGACGGUAAUGAUUUGUUCCUGGUGGCGGUCCAUGAGUUGGGCCAUGCGCUGGGUUUGGAGCACUCCAACGAUCCCAGUGCCAUCAUGGCUCCUUUCUACCAGUACAUGGACACACACAAUUUCAAACUGCCUCUGGACGACCUGCAGGGCAUACAGAAAAUCUACGGCAUCCCCACGGCCAUGCUGGAACCCACCAGGCCCUUACCCACCUUACCUUCUCGAAGGACACACUCCACCUCCGAACGCAAGCAUGACCGUCAUUCCCGUCCGGCGCGGCCGUCCGGCGACCGGCCGGCGCUGCCUGGAAACGGCAAACCCAACAUCUGUGACGGCAACUUCAACACUGUGGCCUUCUUCAGACGGGAGAUGUUCGUCUUCAAG